CUCAUCCCCAGGCAUGGCGUUCAUUUGACCAACCGCGUCCAUCCGAUCUGGUAGUAUGAAAGCCCGUGGAGUGGGAAGGCCGGGAAAAGCUGCAGGCAAUCCAGCCGCCGCCCAUGCGAAGGCCAAGGCCCAGAGGAAGCAGCAGAUUCAAGAGUGGAAGUACACAUCGGUCAUUUGGGGAUUUUUACCUAACAGCUUUUGCUGAUAGGUUUCUAGUGGUCUCAAAAGAGAGCAGCAGAUGACUCCACAGGGGGGGGAAUGCUUUCAGAUAUGCUUCUACACAUCGCUGUUAGGUUGCUUUGCCGGGAUAACUCUUCGUCUUCGCGCUGGUGAUCUAUUUUAUUUUCGUCAACACCGAAAAGGUGCCCGCUGUUGACUUUGACUGAGGUUUCAGUCUAGUUCUCGAGCUCGGUGGAGGAGCAGGGUCACGGUCCUCCAGCAGUCCACAUUCUAUUAAUUUUUCUUGGUUCGAUGGGAGUGGGACGCGUCUACUUUCACUGGCUGGCAGGCGGGUUCGGAGGCAGCGAGUUCUGCCAGGUCGAACAGGCGUGAGCCGCAUCCUGCUGUGGCCAGGAUCUGCCGCCCCGUGUGUGGGGGAGCCCGCAGCAUUGGCGCCCCUCCUUCAGGAGCAACGCGCGCGUCGGAGCUGGAGCUUUGUCUAGUCUGGGUGCGUGCCCUCUGCCAGAUGAGAACGACCAUGUGCGAACCCAGGGGGGGAGGGGCUCAGCGGAUCGGUGGCUGCCAGGCCGUGACAGUGAACACGCCCACUGGCCUGCUACAGCAUGGUGUUAAUCGGUGCUGCGGAUCGGCGCGCGGCCCCGUUCCCCCCCGGCAUGUUGCACCGCUUGCCGCCCUCACGGCUCCAGCUUCGGUGCUUUGCCGGCAGUGCGACACGGGGCCGCUGCUGCGCCAGCUCGCCGCCAACUCCAGCUGCCCCUCCGGCGUGGCGGCCUCGAGGGAGGCCCCGUCCAAGGAGGGCGCGGCGCCGCUCGCCGCCGCCCUCGCCUGCCAGGGCAGCUCGGCCAGCGCCGUGGCCUUCGCGCUGGAGAGGGGCAGCGUCGAGGGAACGCUGGCGGUGGAGCGGAGCAGCUUCGCCGCAGCGCCCGCCGAAGCGCUGCCCUGCCUGCCGGCUGCCCCCGCCGGCGGCGCCGCGGCGGCGCCUUCCUCGCUGGUCGUCGGGCCUCCCGCGCCGCUCCCCACGCGGCCCGGCGCCGCCGCUCGCGCCGGCGCGCCGGCGCCCCUGGGCGUGGGCACGGCGGCCGCGAGAAGGCUGCUGCAGGCGGACGCCCCGGAGGAGAUCGCGAUCUACGCGGGCCCGCAGUACCUCGCGGCCCUCCAGCUCGACGGCGGAACGCUCGACCUGCAGCUGCUCGACCACGCCAGCGACAGGGCAUGGGACAGCAGGACCCUCGCCAAGGGUGCGCGGCGGGUUGCCGCCGCGUGGGACGCGGACGGCGAGGGCGGGCAGCCCGUUUUGCUCGUCUGCUGGCUCUCCGGCGGCGCCGUCCCCCUGCAGGACGCCACCGGCUUCCGGUGCGCCCACGUGGGGCUGCCCUGGAUGAUGGAGGGCAACGGGCUGGGCCUGGCAGGAUCCUUAGCGGUCGUGCUGGGCUGCGUGCUGGUGGCCCUCUGCUGCCUCCGCACCGUGCGCUGCAGCGCGCUCGGGGCCCACGCCAGGGCGCUGGCGGCGAGGCUGUCAGGCGUGCGGUCGGCGGCCAGCGCGAGGGCGUCGGCGCUGCUGCGGCGGCCGUCGGGGCGCCCCCGCGUCCGCGGUGGUGGCCGCCAGCACGCCCGCGAGCUGCGGGCGCAGCUGGCGCAGCUCGGGCCCGUGGGCGCGCUGGACGGAGAGGGCGGCGGCGCAGCGGCGGACGAGGGCCGCGCGCCCGGCCCGGCAGCGCCGCCGGCGCCCGGGCCGCCCGCGGAGCCGCAGGGGACGUGCGGGGUCUGCCGGUGCCCCGUCGCCAUCUGGGUGGCCUUCCGCCCGUGCGGCCAUACAGCAUGCCGCGACUGCGUCGCGCAGCUGGUGGACUCGAGCCAGCGGUGCAACGUCUGCCGGCAGGAGAUCGAGGGAGUCCUGCCGGUGUACCUCUGACGGGCGGGCCGCUGCCUGCAAUCGCGAGGCGCCGGGCUCUCCUCGUUGGGAACCCUGCCGCUCCCGCCUCACAGUGCCCGGCGCCUCGCCACGCCCUUGCCGAGCGGCACGUGAGCCCUACGUCGCUGGCCGCCCCGUUCCUGGCAGCCGCGCGGAGAGAAAGGUUGCACUUGCAGGCGAUUGCUCGCCUCCGAGCUCAGAGGAGAAGAGCAGCGAAGGUACCGAUACCGCUCCCCUUCCCUUCCCUUGUCACCACGGCCAGAUCCGCAUCGAUCUCCUGGUCGGAGCACACCCCAGGAGGGGUCUGGGGAGUACCGCCUUGUUCCACCACAGUCCCCGAGUUCCCCCCUCAAGGUCAGGCCGCUUAGAACAGGCGAGAACCUCGGGAUACACCCCUGAGAGUUUACUCGGACGCAC